AUGCUGACCUUGAGAAAUGUUUACGCCAAACCGACGGCGGCUGGCCUCCAAAACCUUUACUACGAGCCGGUUCAGUUGCAGCCGCUGCGAUUCGAGCCGAGCUACGGCGCCGGUACUCUGCAGAACAGGUUCAAGAAGAAGCUGAAAUCGGCUGCCGUUGCUUCAGCUGCUCCAGACAAAGUAGAGAAAACUUUGUCCAAGUCUCAAUUGAAACUGGAAGAGGAAUUAUUUGGCUCGUCUUCGAAGCGCAAAAAUCAGAAUAAGCUCGCCAGUAACGACCCCAAGGAUGCUAGGAAAAAAGCCAAUGAAGAGAAUAACGAGUACGACCGAGAGCCAAAAUUAUUGAAUGACAAGGAUUAUGCUGAGGCUGACGAGGCCGACGAGGCUGAGGGUGAAGACAAAGAGGAGAGUAAGAACAAAACCAGCGCAGAAGGGGAAAAAGAGGAAAAAGAAACGAGCAAAAAUUCCUUGGCCCAGACUUCUUUUCGUUAG